AUGUCGAGUGAUAAUUUGAACUCGUACUUGUCACUGUCGAAUCAAAAUGAAAGCAGCUUUCCAUCAAACAAAUGUCGCAGAGGAGCGACCAGAAAAACAAAGAAGAAUGCACGGGUUGAUCCCACACCCUAUCACAGAAUCCCACCGGUGGAUAUGAAUCUCACGCAUGUUCAACUGACGAAUAUUGAUACAACCAAGACGACCCGCGGGAAAUCAUGCCCGCAAUGCCGAGAAUCGCAGAACUAUGUGCGAACUAUUAAUAAAGGAUUAAAUAAGAUGGAAGAGCUGGUGAAUACUUUGGCAAAGAUCUUGAAAGCCUAG